GACCAAAGUAUUUCUUUUUUUUUUCUAGUAUAUGGAGGCACAAAAUGCAUUUUCUUCAUUCUUGAAUUUCUGGUUUGCAUAAGCUUAAUCAUUGUCACAUUUAGUAACACUUUUUUGUCGCCGACAAAAUGAGCAAGAUAUCUUUGCACCCACAUAACUUGUAGCCGUCGAGAUUGUUGCCUUCCCACUCCCAUCAAUUUAUAUAAACAAAGAUCUGUUGCUCUUGUUUUGUACACCAAAGACCCAUACCAAAUUGCUCUUUGUUAUUUCAAAAAAUGGCUUUCUUUUGGAGAUUCUUUGGUGCUCUGUUUCUUGCUUUUCUCUUUUCUGGUUAUGGUUUCUCUGCCUCCUAUCAUAAAGACUUCGAUUUCAUUUACAAUGCGGUUUCGGCUCCUGCGACAUCGUACUAUGACUACAUUAUUGUUGGUGGCGGAACCGCUGGCUGCCCAUUUGCUGCCACUCUAUCCCAAAACGCCCACGUUUUGCUCCUUGAACGAGGCGGCUCGCCUUAUGGCAACCCUAACAUCACCAAUUUGGCGAGUUUCGGUGCUGCAUUAUCUGAUCUGUCUCCUACAUCACCGUCUCAAAGAUUUAUCUCCGAAGAUGGCGUCAUCAAUGCUCGCGCGCGGGUGUUGGGUGGCGGGAGUUGCCUAAACGCUGGUUUCUAUUCACGCGCUAGCACUCAAUACGUAAGAAAUGUGGGGUGGGAUGGACGGUUAGUGAACGAGUCAUACCAGUGGGUGGAGAAAGAAGUUGCGUUCGAGCCACGGAUAGGGCAGUGGCAAUCGGCUGUGAGGGAUGGGUUGCUGGAGGCUGGUGUGGUGCCUAAUAAUGGGUUUACUUAUGACCAUAUUUAUGGGACUAAAGUUGGAGGAACCAUAUUUGAUCAAAAUGGGCAUAGGCAUUCUGCUGCUGAUUUAUUAGAAUAUGCCAAUCCAAAUGGACUUACUGUCCUUUUACAUGCGACAGUACAUAAAAUUUUGUUUAGAACUAAAGGGAAAACGAGGCCAUUAGCCCAUGGAGUGGUGUAUAGAGAUGCUUCAGGGGCUAAACACAAAGCUUAUUUAAAAAGAGGGUCUAAAAAUGAAAUUAUCAUAUCAGCCGGAGCACUAGGAAGCCCGCAACUUUUGAUGCUGAGUGGAGUGGGCCCUAGAACUCAACUUAUGUCCCGUAAUAUUUCAGUUGUUUUGGACCAACCCAUGGUUGGACAACUCAUGUCCGAUAAUCCCAUGAACGCUGUUUUUAUCCCCUCGCCGAUUCCGGUGGAGGUUUCGCUGAUUCAAGUGGCCGGAAUCACUCACUUUGGGAGCUACAUUGAAGCUGCAAGUGGUGCAAACUUCGGCGGUUCACCCCAGAGAGAUUAUGGAAUGUUCUCUCCUAAGAUUGGUCAGCUUUCAACAGUGCCACCAAAACAAAGGACCCCAGAAGCCAUAGCUAAAGCAAUUGAGCUAAUGAGUAAUCUUGAUCAAGCAGCUUUUAGAGGAGGCUUCAUUCUUGAAAAAAUAAUGGGUCCAAUUUCAACUGGUCAUUUGGAGCUAAUAACAAGAAACCCUAAUGAUAAUCCAUCAGUCACAUUCAACUAUUUUAAAGAACCUCAAGACUUGCAGAGAUGUAUGGAGGGAAUUUCAACAAUAGAGAAAGUAAUUGAUUCCCAACCAUUCGCUAAGUUUAGAAAUAUGUCAGUUCCUCAACUCCUAAAUUUGACAGCAAAUUUCCCAGUAAAUUUAUUACCUAAACACUAUAAUACUUCAAUGUCCUUAGAACAAUUCUGUAAGGAUACUGUAAUGACGAUAUGGCAUUAUCAUGGAGGUUGCCAAGUAGGUAGUGUUGUGGACACUAAUUACAAGGUUAUUGGUGUGGAUGCCCUAAGAGUCAUAGAUGGAUCCACAUUUAAUGCCUCUCCUGGGACCAAUCCUCAAGCCACUGUUAUGAUGCUUGGCAGGUAUAUGGGAGUUAAGAUACUAAGUGAGAGGUUGCCAAGUAAUGAAGCAUCAAAUUAGUUUAUCUUAAUUAGCUAAACCGUUGAAACAGUUUUUGUUAAUUACGUACAAAGAAGUCAAUCCACAAGAAAAUUGAGAUAAUUUCUUGUCAAUAAUUAUUCUGAUAUACAUAUAUCUUUGUGUUUUCACACUAUUUUAUCUAUUUAAUUUAAUUUAAGGUAUUAGUUAGUUCAACAAA